AUGGCAUCUGUCGCACAAUCAUCAACGCCUGUACCUAAUGCGUCCUCAACGACGCCAGCCCCUAAUGCUUCAAAUACUCCUGGAGCCCAACAGGAAGAUAUAGUCAUGGUUUCUUCAUUAGAACAAAGAACUUUGAGUCCAGAGUGGUUUCUUUAUACAGAAUUGGCUAAAUCUCUGCUGGGAGAACGUGCUGCAUUUAUCGUCGAUGUACUGCUCUCAUUAGGAAGGCUUUCUGUGGGUGAGAUCUGCUCUAAAGCGCCAUCAUCAAUGAAUGCGCGGAGCGUUAAGGCUACAUUGGUGUCAUUGAUUCAACUUAGAUGUAUUAGGUAUGUGGAAGAAUCUGUUGGUAGCUCCGGUAGGGCUAUUACUUAUUAUUAUUUCAACGAAGAAGGUUUACUUCUUUUCCUAUAUUCUGGAUCCGUUAUCGAAGAAUUGGGUAGAAGAGUCUCUAACCCUUCUAUGGCAUCUCAGAUUGUCCAAAACAUUUUGUCAUUGGGUUCAUUGACAUUGAAUGAUUAUUUACAGAGUUGUGAUCCACAAAUCUCAAAAAGAGAUGUUAUUUCAGUAUUUGUGCAGCUUUGCGAAGGUGGAUUCUUAACAGCAAUCACAAAGGUUCAUUAUACACCUGUCAAAGCAUUAUGGGAUGGGCUCUAUAUAAAAGCUUACAAUGCCAUUCCAAGAACCUCUACGAUGUCUGAUUUGAAGAAAAGAAAUGAAGCUAAAUCCAAGGCCAAGGUAGAAUUUUUACAAAUUUUGAAUAGCGUUAAUGAUUUAUCCAAGGUACUAACUACGGAUCCACAGACUUCCCUAAGAACUGUUGUCGGUAAUUUACCCUUGACAAUAAAUUUCGCUAGAUUCCUCAAGAUAAGAAGAUCAAAGCAAUUGGUUCAAUUGGCUAGAACGAGAAUCGGCAGCAUUCCAUCUCAAGUUUACAAUAUUGCAUUACAGAUUACAGAACCAAAAUCGCCAGAACCUGUAGAUCCACUUACUCUGACAGGGCUUCUACAAGAUUUAGAUGAAGCUAAAUCUAUACAUGAGGAACAAGAGCUUUUAGAGGAGAAAAAUGCUGGUACCACUUUUAGUGCAAUUGAUAUUGCCAAAUAUUUACCUGAAUCUCUAGAUCUUCGAAAUACUUUGAAGACAUCUUUAAGAACUAAUAAACGUGGACCAAAUCCCAACGAUCAAUUACCGACUAAAAAGUUGAAGACGGAAGAUGGGUUUGUUAUUCCGCCAUUACCUAAUCCUCAACAAGAACAAGAACAACAAGAAGAUGAUAACGAUGAUGAUGAUCCAAUCGAUGAAGAUGAUGGUAACCCCCAUUCUGUAUCUUUAGUAAACGGUCAUCUGAAGUUACUGGCGUCAACGAGCAUCCCUUUCUUGAAAGAGAUUAGGCCAGGUGUCUUUUAUGUUCCAUAUACAAAGGUUCUUCCCAUACUCAAAACCUUGACUUACGACUAUAUUAUAGCAUCAACAUUGGGACCUUCAGCCAUGCGUAUCUGUCGUUGCAUUAGAGAAAAUAGCCUUGUUUCAGAGAAAUUUAUCAAUUCGACAGCUUUAAUGAAGGAAAAAGAUAUUAGGACCACAAUAGGUUCACUAAUCAAAUAUAAUGUCAUUGAGAUCCAAGAAGUUCCCAGAACCGCAGAUAGGGCUGCUUCUAGAGCAGUGUUCCUCUUUAGGUCUAAGGAAAGACAUGCUUAUAAUUUUAUGAAUCAAAAUUUAGCAUGGAAUGUUGCCAAUUUGCUUCAUAAGAAGGAAAGGUUAAAAGAGGAUAAUUCUACUCUUCUAACAAAGGCAAAUAGAGAUGAUGUCAAGGGUAAAGAAACUGAACUUUUACUUCCAAGUGAACUAAAUCAAUUGAAGAUGGUCAAUGAACGUGAACUUAAUAUCUGGACCCGAGUAUCAAGAAUGCUUUCCCUCUGGGAGAUUUUUAAAUUCUAA